UGGGGCUUCGAGACCCGCACCGGCGAGCCGCCGCGCGGAGCUCCAGCCAUGGGCGCGGGGCGCGUGCCUGGGCUCUGCCUGGUCGUCCUACUGGUCCACGCCCGCGCCGCCCAGCACGGCAAAGCUGCGCAAGAUGUGGAUGAGUGUGUGGAGGGGACUGACAACUGCCACAUCGAUGCUAUCUGCCAGAACACCCCUCGGUCAUACAAGUGCAUCUGCAAGUCUGGCUACACGGGGGAUGGCAAACACUGCAAAGAUGUGGAUGAGUGCGAACGAGAGGACAAUGCAGGCUGCGUGCACGACUGCGUCAACAUCCCCGGUAACUACCGAUGCACCUGCUAUGAUGGAUUUCACCUGGCACAUGAUGGACACAACUGUCUGGAUGUGGAUGAAUGCGCCGAGGGCAAUGGCGGCUGUCAGCAGAGCUGUGUCAACAUGAUGGGCAGCUACGAGUGCCACUGCCGAGAAGGCUUCUUCCUCAGUGACAACCAGCACACCUGUAUCCAGCGGCCAGAAGAAGGAAUGAACUGCAUGAACAAGAACCACGGCUGUGCCCACAUUUGCCGGGAGACCCCCAAAGGGGGCAUUGCCUGUGAAUGCCGCCCUGGCUUUGAGCUCACCAAGAACCAACGGGACUGUAAAUUGACAUGCAACUAUGGUAAUGGCGGCUGCCAGCACACAUGCGAUGACACAGAGCAGGGUCCCCGCUGCGGCUGCCACAUCAAGUUUGUGCUCCACACUGACGGGAAGACAUGCAUCGGGGAAAGGCGGCUAGAGCAGCACAUCCCCACUCAGGCUGUCUCUAAUGAGACCUGUGCUGUCAACAACGGGGGCUGUGACAGUAAGUGCCAUGACGCAGCUACGGGUGUGCACUGCAGCUGCCCUGUGGGCUUCAUGCUGCAGCCAGACAGGAAGACCUGCAAAGACAUAGACGAGUGCCGCCUGAACAACGGGGGCUGUGACCACAUUUGCCGCAACACAGUGGGCAGCUUUGAAUGCAGCUGCAAGAAGGGCUACAAGCUUCUCAUCAACGAGAGGAACUGCCAGGAUAUAGAUGAGUGCUCCUUUGACCGAACCUGUGACCACAUAUGUGUCAACACGCCAGGAAGCUUCCAGUGCCUCUGCCAUCGCGGCUACCUGCUGUACGGUGUCACCCACUGUGGGGAUGUGGACGAGUGCAGCAUCAACCGGGGAGGCUGCCGCUUUGGCUGCGUCAACACUCCUGGCAGCUACCAGUGUACCUGUCCCGCGGGGCAGGGCCGGCUGCACUGGAACGGCAAGGACUGCACAGAGCCAGUGAAGUGCCAAGGCAGCCCUGGCGCCUCCAAAGCCAUGCUCAGCUGCAACCGGUCUGGCAAGAAGGACACCUGUGCCCUGACCUGCCCCUCCCGGGCCCGCUUUUUGCCAGAGUCUGAGAAUGGCUUCACGGUAAGCUGUGGCACCCCCAGCCCUAAGGCAGCUGCUGCCCGAGCUGGCCACCCCGGGAACAGCACCAGCUCCAGCCACUGCCAUGAGGCUGCAGUGCUGUUGGUUAAACAGCGGGCCUCCUUCAAGGUCAAGGAUGCCAAGUGUCGUCUGCACCUGCGGAACAAAGGCAAACUGGAGGAGGCCGGCAGAACCCCAGGGUCAGGUUCUGCCCCCUGCUCUGACUGCCAGGUCACCUUCAUCCACCUCAAGUGUGACUCCUCUCGGAAGGGCAAGGGCCGGCGGGCCCGUACCCCUCCAGGCAAGGAGGUCACCCGGCUUUCCCUGGAACUGGAAGCAGAGGUCAGAGCUGAAGAAACCACAGGUGGGACUGGGGACACCCCUGGGUGGAGGGCCAAAUGGGAGGGCAGCAGUGGAGAAACCACAGGUCUCGCAGCCCAGCUAAAGGACAGAGGCUGUGCAAGGGACAGAUGCUAUGUAACACAAGCCCAAGACCCUGUCCUCUUGCUGCCCAUGUCCACCCCCUGCCCUCGUACUCACACCACUCUCACUCUCCUUCCCAACACACAUCACCGUCCACCCCUAGCGAGUUGUGGGCUGCCCUGCCUGCGACAGCGGAUGGAGCGGCGACUCAAAGGGUCCCUGAAGAUGCUCAGAAAGUCCAUCAACCAGGACCGCUUCCUGCUGCGCCUGGCUGGCCUUGACUAUGAGCUGGCCCAUAAGCCAGGCCUGGGAGCUGGGGAGCGAGCGGAGCUGGUGGAGGUCUGCAGGCCCGGGCAGCACCGUGCUGGGGCCAAGUGUGUCAGCUGCCCGCAGGGAACGUAUUACCACGGCCAGACGGAGCAGUGUGUGCCAUGCCCGGCGGGCACCUUCCAGGAGAGAGAAGGGCAGCUCUCCUGCGACCUUUGCCCUGGGAGUGAUGCCCACGGGCCUCUUGGAGCCACCAACAUCACCACAUGUGCAGGUCAGUGCCCACCUGGUCAGCACUCUGCAGAUGGGUUUAGGCCCUGCCAGCCAUGCCCACGUGGCACCUAUCAACCCGAAGCAGGACGGACCCUGUGCUUCCCUUGUGGUGGGGGUCUCACAACCAAGCAUGAGGGGGCCCUCUCCUUCCAAGACUGUGACACCAAAGUCCAGUGCUCCCCAGGGCACUACUACAACACCAGCAUCCAUCGCUGCAUCCGUUGUGCCAUGGGCUCCUACCAGCCUGACUUCCGUCAGAACUUCUGCACCCGCUGUCCAGGAAACACAAGCACUGACUUUGACGGCUCCACCAGUGUGGCCCAGUGCAAGAACCGUCAGUGUGGUGGGGAGCUAGGUGAGUUCACUGGCUACAUCGAGUCCCCCAACUACCCGGGCAAUUACCCAGCCGGCGUGGAGUGCAUCUGGAACAUCAACCCCCCACCCAAGCGCAAGAUCCUUAUCGUGGUACCCGAGAUCUUCCUGCCAUCUGAGGACGAGUGUGGGGACGUCCUCGUCAUGAGAAAGAACUCCUCCCCAUCCUCCAUUACCACGUAUGAGACCUGCCAGACCUACGAGCGCCCGAUCGCUUUCACAGCACGGUCCAGGAAGCUCUGGAUUAACUUCAAGACUAGCGAGGCCAACAGCGCCCGCGGCUUCCAGAUUCCCUAUGUUACCUAUGACGAGGACUACGAGCAGCUGGUGGAAGACAUUGUGCGGGACGGCCGGCUCUAUGCCUCCGAAAACCACCAGGAGAUCUUAAAGGACAAGAAGCUCAUCAAGGCCUUCUUUGAGGUGCUGGCCCAUCCCCAGAACUACUUCAAGUACACAGAGAAACACAAGGAAAUGCUCCCAAAGUCCUUCAUCAAGCUGCUCCGCUCCAAAGUGUCCAGCUUCCUGAGGCCCUACAAAUAGUGCCCAUGUGCUGGGAGACCCAGCUUCUGGAGCCAUCAGACUCCUUAGCCCUCAGAGCUGGCAGCCCCUACCCUCAGACAAGGAACGAGUCCUCUCUUUCUUUCUGGAGGAAAAAUAUCACUACACAGACCAGGCACUCUCCCUUUCUGUUUUUCUAGUUUUUUUUUUUUUUUUUUUUUUUUUCUCUGUCUCUGUCUGUCUCUGUCUCUCUACUGAUUUCCUAUAUGCUUCCCAGAAAAGCCAUUCUGUGCUGGCUCUGCUGCCCCGAGGGGUGAAGGGACAGCAUUGCCCUCUCCCCCGCCCCUCUCACCGGCUCACUUGCUGCCCCAUCAGGGAAGGCUACUUGAGGUCCACGUAGGAAGUGGGUCCAUUAAGGAAUGGGGAAGGGGAGGAGGGGCUUCUGCCACUAUAGGGUUGUGCCUUGCUAGUGAGGAGCCAAAGAGUCCCCUGGCUGUGCUCCCCAGGGUGACCCUUAACAGUCCAGGGUUCUGCCAAAGACGCCUUUGACAUAUUGGCUUAAUGCCAGCACUGGUCUGCUGGGGCACACAGUUAACCUUCUUGUCUGUAUAGCUUCUCUCUUUCUUCCCCUACACGUCUGCCUGGGGUAGACUCCAUAAGGGUUUACAGAUGGCCCAUACUGCUGGGCUAGUGGACAUCGCGAAAUGAGGAAAAGCAGCGAGCAUUACCAUGCAUUGCUGUGACUCCCUGAGGAAGUAUAACUCUGCGGGACAGAAAACAGGUUUUAAAGCAUUGCUUUAAAAAAUAAAGAAAAAAAAAAAAAAAAAAAAGGAAAGGAAAGAGCAUCCAGAGGACUGAACUACAGAGCAAUUGUAAGCCACCUCAAACACUAAUCCCUUUUCUUCUCUUCCCCUGGCCCAGCCAUGCCUGCACCCCACCCCAGAGCUCCCUGGGGGAGCUCCACUCCCCUUGCUAAGUGCUAAGUGUUGCCCUUAGAAACCUGGCUAUUGACCUGAAGCCAGCCUGGGCCUCGCCCCACAGUCAUCUUCCCCUUGUCGCCCUAGGUGGCUCGUGGGGGGCCACCAAAGAGGACCCUGCUCUGCAGCCAGCCUGGAGCCACCUACCUCUGGCCUCAGGCUAUGGGCAGCAAGAGGAAUGUGUGCACUUGGCGAGCCUCCUGCCCACCCUGUCCACAUCUAAUAAGUGCAAUCAUUUGAGUCUUUCUGUGUUGUCUAGAGGGAGGGGUUUUUGUUUCCUUUUUCUCUGUUAGAACAACCUUAUUUAUAGCUGCCCAAGAGAGAAGAGUAUAUGUACAGAGUGAAAGAAUAUCAGUUCUGAAGCUCAUGAACCUUGAGUGCUGGAGCAUCUGAUCUGUCUGUUUCGUCUGUGGCCACUCAGACCUCUAGGACCCUUGGUGGGGCCAACCCAGGACUAUAGCUCAGAAGCAUCUGACACGGAGGACAGUGCUGUGGGGGACCUGGCAGAACAGGAAGGAGAGGGACGCAUUUGCGGAACAGUCCUGCCAUUGCUAUGCCUCUCUGCGGAUUCAGCACGAACCUCACAACCACAGGGGCUGAUGAGCUUGAUCAGUGAUUCUCCACUCCAAGAAGGGGAAGCCUCCACCUUCUCCCCGCCUUCAUCAUGUUUUCCCCAGUGUGCACAUGGAAGAGGACCGGGUCAGACCCCUGGUGAUGGGCUGACUCAAGCUCCUGAGGCCAAGCAAGGCUGUAGGAGCCAAGCGUGGGAUGGCUGCUGAGGUCCGAAGCUGGUUAAGGACCAAAUGUCUGCCUGACCUUGGCCAUUUCCCUCUUAUGGCUGGCUUCAAACCUGCCUCAACUACUGUUUUUCAGAAGCAAGAAUUGAGCUAGAGCAUAAAUCCUGCACACACUCCAGCCUAAUCCAACUGCUACCUGUAAAAUUCUUUUCCAUUUGCUCCUUCUAGUUCCCUGGAGCUGUAGUCCUUCUUAAAGGCCACCAGCUGACUCCUCAGGUCCAGGGCUACUGUUCUCCUAGGAGACUCACUGCUAAAGAAAGGAACUUGGGAUCACCUCUGGCCUCAGGCUUAGCAGUGGGUAGCAGAUGGCGCAGCUAGAUCCCCUCACAUCUGGGGGUGGAGGGUCUGCUACCUCUGUCUCUCUUGGUCAAAGAGGGCCACCACUGGCUGCAUCCAAGUAAAUGAAAUGGCCACUUCUUAGGAACUCUGCACUUGCCUAGAAGUGCUGUGAAAACUGCUUUGCAUCAACUUUGACCAUCUUAAUUCCUUACCAGAGAUUAGGAUAAACUUUCGGGUUCCUCUCUCCCAUGGCAUGUCUUUCUUGGGAACCCAGAUGAGUUGCUCCCAAGUCAUGCCCUCCAGGAUCUGGCUCCUCCUCACUCUCUUCCGUUCCUGCUGUACCACAGAUAGAUAUACUUCCUCCAAUGCUUAUUUCAUGGUCUGUGGGACCUGCAAGUCAGUGUCACAGUACGGAGCCUAUAGACUAUAGGUUUCUUAAUCAGAUCUUAGCAAGCAGGGACAAAUCUGCCAUUGUCCGCCACAUUUAAGUCAUCCAAGUUAGGGAUUAAGAAUCUAGGCGAAGCUGCUCUGACCCUAACGAGGGAACACCUGAGGCAUCACAUGAGGAACAGUUAUGUGGACAGAAUAGAGUCAAUACUCAGGGACUCUCUAGGGAUGUACAGGGCAAGUGAGAGUUUUUACCAGUGGAGGGAAAUGGGAAGAGGCACAUAGGGAUCCUUCAUGAACGAACUGACCCCGAAGCCUCCCUGCAGAAUGGUGUGUUUGUGGAGUAACAGAACUGUGAGCCCUCAUUCGAGUACCCAGCCUGCCCUGAUCCGAAUCUGGGAAUGGGAAAGCACUUCCUCAAGAGCCCCAAUGUCAAGUGACGCAUAUCAGAAAGGCACUUACAUCCUUAGCUCUACUCCUCUUAACUCUACUCCUCUUCCUGUAUCAUCAGACCAGGCCCAUCCCUAACUCAGGGAAUUCUCAGAGUCAGGAGAAAACUGACCAGCGCCUGGACUUGAGCAGCCACCCCAGGUCUAGAAAUCCCCAGAGCCUCAUCACUGAGCUCUGUCUGCUCCGACUUGGCCCGGAUGAUGCUCUGAAGACUAGGAUUUGUCCCAAGAGGUUAGUAAUAACCCAGUCCUGGUCUAGGGACCCAAUGAGCAUUUUUCCAUACAUGUAUGAGUGACUCUGGAAUGGACUAGGAGGUCACAUCUCAAUGUCAGAGAAUGUUACAGAGCAUUCAGAUGUUUGUAUUUGCUGCUUUACCUCAAUACAACAAGCCUCAAACGAGGGGAAGAGAAACAGUGCACCGCUGGCCAUCAGCAGAAAGUGAUACCUCCGUGGUUUUCUUCUCAAGCACAGCAAGAGAAAAGUGGAAGCAAACAUCAAAGGUCUCUUUCAAUUUGACCUGUUUCAAAGUUAGCACAUCCUGCCCUUGGGCCUUUCUCUGGACUAGGAAUUUCUUAAGAAAAUAUGUGAUGAGAGGAAAACAGAACCCCCAGGAAGGUGACUAGUUUAUCUAGGCAACACAGACUGUUGCAUUUUGGACAAACUAAAAACUGUCUUCUUCUGUGUGAGCUGAACUAAAGUUUCAGAGAAUAAUAUUUCCAUGCAGGAGGCUGUUUGGUUUUUUAAUCACAGAAGAAAUCUCAGAAAAAAAGAACUGUAUUUGUAUCUGCCUUCCACUGCUGCCAAUAGUGUAAACAUCUCCUUCACAACCAACAAUAAACAGCAAACGAUGCAGUUCAUAGAGUAUUUUGCACUUGGGGAAAAUAUGUAUCUGAACUUGUAAAAAGAAAUGUUUGGAUUUUGUAUUGUCUUUUUAUUAUUAUUAAAAUACUAAAUGAAA